UGUUUACUUGAGAUCAACUCUAGACCUGUUACAAUUGGUCGUUACUAUGAGCGGACGGGUUGUACAAAUUGUCCAAGUUUCUUGGGACCGAAGAGGAUGUUUGGGGUAAAUUUCCGGGUAAAGCUACGUGACGUGCAUUACCGCUUUGGGGAUUGUGAUACAGCAAGCACUAUGGAAUAUCACAGAACGCUCAUAAGUUGCAGCUGUACCCUGAGAGCGUGUAGAAAGCUUUCAUACUUCCAUCCAUCAACGCAUGUUUACAGACAUGCUCUUCCUAACAGCGGUCGUUGUUUUGCAAUUCACGCUCCAGCAUGCAUCUGCGACAGUAGGCGUCCUCGACAUCGACGACCUACUGCAACCAGAUCUCCAACAGCAUAUUUCCACUCCAGGCGAAGAUCAUCCGUAUGCUCCAUGGUCUCACAAGCCGGUUUGCACAACGAGCAGCUACCUCCCCACCCUUGGCCAGAAGUACUGCGUCUACACAUCCAACACGACAGGCCCACACGGCCUCUCCCUUAUUUUCCCUCCACAAUCUGCCCACUUAGCGACGAAACACCUCGACGACAACCCGCUCGAUAAUUUCCUUACAAAAAAGGAUGCUGAACGCCUCUACUUCGGCGGUCAACCAUGGAAAAUCGUCGAUGUACCCGGAAAAGCGAAAGGCGUUGUAGCGACUCGUAAGAUCAAGAUGUACGAAACGUUCAUGGUGGAUCAAGCCGCUGUUGUUGUGGAUAUGGGCGCUGAGAAAGCUUUAAGUGAGGCUGAGAACAAGAAGCUGAUGAAGAGGGCUGUGGAUCAACUGCUUGUUCCUGCGAUGAUUAGGGAUAUGAGUUCUGCGCAUGCGGGGAAGAACUAUGAUGCUGAGAAUGAUGGAGAUGAUGAAGACGAAGGAACUUUGGAGGAGGCUAUCAUGAAGACGAAUGCGUAUGGCAGCACAGUUGCGGAGGUUGGCUCAAGGGCGUUGUAUCCGCUAAUCUCGCGAAUUAAUCAUGCAUGCAACCCGAACUCCUUCGUUCUAUUCUCUCGCGCCGGCGUCUCAAUGGCCAUAAAAGCCUACCGCGACAUUGAGGCCGGCGAAGAGAUCACCGUCUCGUACCUCCUCCUAGGCAUCCCAUUUCAGAAACGCCAAUCUCUAAUCAGGCGCUGGGGUUUCAAAUGCACAUGCAGCCUCUGCAGCCUACCGGCCGACGAGCGCCAAGCCUCAGAUCUCCGCCGCACAAUGAUCGCGCAGGCCGAGGAAAAGAUCAUGGAGCUAGCGAAGGCCUACAAACUAGAUGAAGCGAUAGUUCUCGCAGAGGAGUCUGUCGAACUGAUCAAAGAAGAAGGGGUCUGGUCGAUGUUGACGGAUGAGUAUGCCAUGCUGGCUAUGCUGUGGUUGGAGAAGGGAGAUAGGGAAAAGGCGGAAGCGUAUGGCGAGAAGACGCAUAGGCUUUUGUCCGAUCUGGGGUUUUUGGGUAUUGGAGAAGAUAGGGAAGCGUGGAAGUUGGAAACGCUCUUGAAGAACAUCGGGGGUUUGGGAGGGAUGGGUCAGGUUUGGAAGAAGGGCCCUUUGAGAGGUUGAUUCAGACGGGGAAUGGAACUGAAUAGUUGUUUGGAGUCUAGGUGUUA